AUGUUUCUAAAUAAAUUAAUUAAAAAUUUAACUUAUAAGCGUACAAUAAAAUCUGUAAAGUUAGAUAACGUCGUAGUACAUUUGGAUUUGAAAGGAUCUCUGCCUAAAUUGAGUUAUCUUAAGACACUAUUACCAAAGCUACAGGACCUCGGUGUUACUGGACUGUUGAUAGAAUACGAGGACAUGUUUCCAUAUGAUAGGAGAUUGUUGAAUUUAAGCGCAAGAAAUUGCUAUGAAAAAUCUAAGUUACAGGAGUUCCUUUCGCUUGCUGUACGUGUUGGCUUCGAUAUAAUUCCGUUGGUUCAAACAUUUGGUCAUAUGGAAUUCGUUUUGAAGCUAGCAGAGUUCCAACACUUAAGAGAAGAGCCAUCGUAUCCCGACUCUCUCUGUCCAAGUAAACAUGCGAGUCACGUGCUGAUCGAGGAAAUGCUUGAACAGAUUAUUAGGUUUCAUCAAGAAGUAUUUCCACUGAAAUAUUUACAUAUUGGUUGCGACGAAGUUACUCACAUUAACAAAUGUAGACACUGCUUAGGAAGAAAUCUGAUAAGCACGGAUAUCUAUUUAAGUCAUGUACAUAAAGUUUUGAAUAUCGUGAAAGCUAUUAGUCCAAAUACAACUGUUCUAGCUUGGGACGACAUGUUCCGAAGUAUCCCACUUUAUAUAUGGAACAAAAUUCGUAAGCCCGAUAUUGAUCUCGUGUACUGGGAUUACACUCCAGGCAUUACAUCUGUAUCUGACGUGAACCUGAUGAAGCAUCACAAAACAGUUAACAGUAUUUGGAUAGCUUCAGCCUUCAAAGGUGCAGAUGGUGUGAAAGCUACAUACCCGGAUCUAAAAAACAGGUUUUCAAAUCACUUCAGUUGGAUGAAACUUAUCCUUGACUACAAAUUUAGUGGCGAAAAUGAAAUUUAUAACUUUAAAGGCAUAAUCCUCACAGGCUGGUCUCGAUAUAGCCAUAUGGAACCCCCUUGCGAGCUUUUACCUGUUUCUAUACCGAGCUUAUAUUUGAAUUUGCUCUUAAUAAAACAGUUCAAAAAUGAAGUGCAAGAUAUAAAAUCCCUAGACUUAAAUACUUUUUUUGUCAAGUAUAUGAAGGAGGAUCUAACUGAAAACUUACAUUGUAGCGAAAGCAAAAACAUUUCUUAUUUUGAUACCUAUUACUGUUAUUUCGAAGGAAAUGAAGUUUAUCAAAUUCUAAAGGACUGGGAUACAAUGGAAACACAUAUUUAUAAAACAAUUAAUAGUGUUCAAAGUAUUAUGUUCACAAUUGAAUAUUAUUCUAAAAUAAGAAAAAUAAAUAUGAAUUCAUUGUGGGAUUGCUUGGAUUGGUACUAUGAAUAUAUCAACGAAAUCAGGCAUAUGAAGUAUAGGAUGACAAAACUCCUCUCCCAAUAUUAUGAUGACUGUUUCGUAGAAGAGUAUACUGAUUUUAAAUUACAUAAUACGAAGAAGAUAUUAAAUAAUAUAGCUAAGCACUUAACAAAGAUGUUAUUAGUAAGAAGUGGGAAUCAGGAGUACCAACAAACUGACAGAGGAAAGCAAAUUUUGCCAGACUUGAAGCAGAGACUCGGACAA